GUCAAUCAUCCUCAUCACACAUACUUACUUAGACAGUCUGUCCAUGUAACACACCUUUGUUUAUACUCUCAUCACUCAAUUAUUCUCCUUAAAAAGUGUACCCCUUUUCAUUUUUUAUUAACUAUUUAACUUCAUGUCAACUACAUUAUUCUAUUACAUAACCUACCUCAUCUUAUGUUAACUAACUAUAUAUAAAUAACUAACUAGACUCAUAAAUGUUGCAAACAACAAUUGUAGCAUCAAAACAGUUACUAAUGGAAGCUCCAAGAUUUGUCUUCUUGUCUUUGCUUCUUCUUCUCACAGCUUCAACAACCUCAGCUCAGCUCACUCGUGGCUUCUAUAACAAUGUAUGUCCCAAUGUUGAACAAGUGGUUCGUGCUGCCGUCACUCAGAAGUUUCAACAAACAUUUGUGACUGCUCCUGCCACUCUUAGACUCUUCUUCCAUGAUUGCUUUGUCAGGGGUUGUGAUGCUUCGGUUUUGAUUCAAUCUCCAAAUAAUAAGGCCGAGAAGGAUCAUCCUGAUGAUGUGUCAUUAGCCGGGGACGGCUUUGACACGGUGAUUAAGGCCAAGGCGGCUGUUGACAAGGAUCCUAAGUGUCGAAACAAAGUCUCUUGUGCAGAUAUUCUCGCUCUCGCCACUAGAGAUGUCGUCAAUUUAGGCCGGGGUCCGUUUUAUAAUGUCGAUUUAGGAAGGCGCGAUGGAAGAAUAUCUACUUUGGCUGGUGUUCAACACAAUCUUCCUGCCCCUAGUUUCAAAUUGGAUCAACUCAACACCAUGUUUAAUCGACACGGUCUCUCCCAAACCGAUAUGAUUGCAUUAUCAGGUGCACAUACAAUUGGAUUCUCUCACUGCAACCGAUUCUCAAAUCGAAUCUACAGAUUCAGCGGAACAACGAGAAUCGAUCCAUCAUUGAAUUUACAAUAUGCUUUACAGCUUAGGCAAAUGUGUCCAUUAAAAGUUGAUCCUAGAAUUGCCAUUAACAUGGAUCCUGUCUCACCUAGAAAGUUUGACAAUCAAUAUUACAUAAAUCUACAACAAGGAAAAGGACUAUUCACUUCUGAUCAAGUGUUGUUUACAGAUUCAAGGUCAAAGGCUACAGUUAACUUAUUUGCAUCCAAUGAAAAAGCUUUUGAAACUGCUUUUAUUGAUGCUAUUACUAAGUUGGGAAAGGUUGGUGUAAAAACUGGUAAUCAAGGUGAAAUUAGGAUUGAUUGCUCCAAGGCCAACUAGAAAAAAUCCGACAUCAUUGUCGGAUUUCGAUUCUCUGCAUUAAUAAAAGCGCGCACUAUUGGUUUGAAUCAGAUGGUCGAGAUCAGUAACCGUAGGGAGUCGGUUUCCAUCUUCAUUAUCAUCAUUUCUUUUGAGAGUUUAUGAUUUUUGUAUAUUUUUGUAAUUCAUUGUUCUAUUAAUAAUUGAUGAUUGAGUUCUUCAAAUCACAUUGAAUCAUUGCAUCUAGUUUCUGAUCAAUUAUCAUAAGAUGAAAAGAACUUAUGGACAUUUCAUAAAGAGUUUUAUAAGUUUUUUUAAACGGUCUCA